GCCGCCGCCGCCGCAUCGCAGACGCGCUGGGCGGCAGGUCCAAGGCCGGCGUGCGCGGAGCCUGAGCGGUGGCCGCAGCGCAGUGCCCCCACCCACCUCCGCCCCCCGCUGCCGUCUCACUUAACAGAGCCUGGCCGGCUGUGUCGAGAAGAUGGCCGUGGCGCUGCGGGCGCUGUGGCCUCUGCUCCUGUGCAGCCCCUGCCUGCUCAUCCAGAUCCCCGAGGAAUAUAAAGGGCACCACGUGAUGGAGCCGCCUGUGAUCACGGCUGAGUCUCCACGGCGCAUGGUGGUCUUUCCCACUGAUGAAAUCAGCCUCAAGUGUGAGGCCCGAGGGACACCUCAAGUUCAGUUUCGCUGGACUCGGGAUGGUGUCCACUUCAAACCCCAGGAGGAAGUGGGGGUCACAGUGCACCAAGCACCCCACUCGGGAUCCUUCACCAUCACGGGCAACAACAGCAAUUUUGCACAGAGGUUCCAGGGCACCUAUCGCUGCUUUGCCAGCAACAAAUUGGGCACUGCCAUGUCCCAGGAGAUGAGGCUUAUGGCCGAGGGUGCCCCCAAGUGGCCCAAGGAGACAGUGAAGCCCAUUGAGGUAGAGGAAGGCGAGUCAGUAGUUCUGCCUUGCCACCCACCACCCAGCGCAGAGCCACUUCGCAUCUACUGGAUGAAUAGCAAGAUCUUGCACAUCAAACAGGAUGAGCGUGUGACCAUGGGUCAGAAUGGCAACCUGUACUUCGCCAACGUGCUCACAUCAGACAACCACUUGGAUUAUAUCUGCCAUGCGCACUUCCCUGGCACCCGCACCAUCAUUCAGAAGGAACCCAUUGACCUUCGAGUCAAGGCCACCAACAGCAUGAUCUAUCGGAAGCCGCGUCUUCUCUUUCCCACCAACUCCAGCAGCACUGUGGUAGCCUUGCAGGGCCAGCCGCUCAUCCUGGAGUGCAUUGCUGAGGGCUUCCCCACGCCCAGCAUCAAGUGGCUUCGGCUGAGCGGCUCUAUGCCCAGUGACCGCGUCAUCUAUCAGAACCACAACAAGACACUGCAGCUACUGAACGUGAGUGAGGAAGAUGAUGGCAAAUACCGUUGCCUGGCUGAGAACUCCCUGGGGAGUGCCCGGCAUGACUACGAAGUCGUCGUGGAGGCUGCUCCGUAUUGGCUGCGCAAGCCCCAAAAUGAGCUGUACGCACCAGGAGAAACGGCCCGCCUGGACUGCCAAGUACAAGGCCGGCCCCAGCCACAGGUCACCUGGAGGAUCAACGGGAUCCCUGUCAAUGAGCUGGCUGAGAACCAGAAGUACCAAAUCCAGCAAGGGCCCCUCAGCAACCUGGUCCUGAGCAACCUGCAACCCAGCGACUCCAUGGUGACCCAGUGUGAGGCCCGCAAUCCGCAUGGGGUCUUGCUGGCCAAUGCAUACAUCUACGUCGUCCAGCUGCCAACCAAGAUUCUGACAGCAGACAACGAAACAUACCUGGCGGUAGAGGGCAGCAGUACCUACUUGCUGUGCAAAGCCUUUGGGGCCCCUGUGCCCAGUGUCCAGUGGCUGGACCAGGAGGGCAAGAGCGUGCUGCAGGAUGACCGCUUCUUCCCCUAUGCCAAUGGCACCCUGGGCAUCCGUGACCUGCACAUCAAUGACACUGGUCACUACUUCUGUCAGGCAGCCAAUGACCAGAACAAUGUGACUAUUGUGGCUAACCUGCAGGUCAAAGCUGCCACACGAAUCACGCAGGGGCCCCGGAGUGCCAUUGAGAAAAAAGGCUCAAGAGUCACGUUUUCGUGCCAUGUCACCUUUGACCCAUCCUUGCAAGCUCGGAUCACCUGGCGGGGGGCCGGCCGUGACCUGCAGGACCCUGGGGACAGAGAGAAGUACCACAUAUAUGAUGGGCACCUGGUUAUCUAUAACCUGGACUACAGUGACCAAGGCAACUACAGCUGUGUGGCCAGCACCAAGCUGGACACAGUGGAGAGCCAGGCUGAGCUCCUGGUGGUGGGGAGCCCAGGCCCAGUGCCCCGAGUCCAGGUGGUUGACCGGAACCUAGCGGAUAAAAACAAGGUUCAGCUGACCUGGAGCCCUGCAGAUGACCACAAUGUGCCCAUUGAAAAGUAUCACGUCGAGUUCCAGGACAAGGAAAAGGAGCCCGAGAAAUGGCUCUACCUGGGCAGAGUAGCUGGGAAUGAGACCUUCGGCACCUUCGAUCUGUCCCCCUACAUCCAUUACACUUUCCGAGUCACUGCCAUCAACAAGUACGGCCCAGGCGAGCCCAGCCCAGACUCUGAUGAGACUGUGCUCACACCGGAGGCUGCCCCUCAGCAGAACCCCAAGGGCGUAAAGGGUGAAGGAAACCAGACUGACAACAUGAUCAUCACUUGGCAGCCUCUUAAGUGGACGGAGUGGAAUGCACCUCAGCUACAGUACCGUGUCCAGUGGCGUCUUCAGGGCUCUCGGGGGCCGUGGGAGGAGCAGACAGUGGACCAGCCAUUCCUUGUGGUGUCCAACACUUCCACCUUUGUGCCCUACGAGAUCAGGGUGCAGUCAGUGAACAGACAGGGCAAGGGUCCCGAGCCCCAGGUUACUGUGGGCUACUCAGGCGAGGACUACCCUCAGGCACGCCCAAAGCUGGAAGACAUUGAGACUGUGAACUCCAGCACUGUGCUGGUCAGAUGGUGGCCUGUGGAACCGGCAACAGUCAGGGGGCACCUGCGGGGAUACAAUGUGACAUACUGGUGGGUGGGCAGUCAGCAGAGGUUCAGUAAGAGGCACACGCACCGAGACCAUGUGGUGGUGCCCGCCAACACCACGAAUGCCACCCUGGGCGGCCUGCGUCCCUACAGUUCCUACUCCCUGGAGCUACGGGUCUUCAAUGGCCGAGGCCUGGGGCCUGCCACUGAACAGACCUUCCAGACACCCGAGGGAGUGCCAGGCCAGCCGGAAGCACUGCAUCUGGAGUGCCUAUCAAAUACCAGCCUGCAGCUGCAAUGGAAGCCCCCUGUCCAUCACAAUGGGGUGCUCACUGGCUACUUGCUCACCUACCAGCCUCUGGAUGAUGGGGGCAAGAAGGUGCCGCCCUUGGCCCUGGAGGACCCCAACAUUAAUAAAACAAACCUCACCAGCCUCAGUCCUCACCUGCGCUACCGCUUUCAGCUGCAGGCCACCACAAGGGAGGGGGCCGGCAUUGCCAUCGAGCGUGAGGGGGGCACCAUGGCCGUGUCUGGGACCCUGGAUUUUGGAAAUAUUUCGGCCAUCGCAGGAGAGAAUUACAGUGUGGUCUCCUGGGUGCCCAAGGAGGGACAGUGCAACUUCGCAUUCAAAAUCUUGUUCAAAGCUGUUGGGAAUGAGAAGGAGAAGGUGGCGGAGCAGUCCGUCAGCUACAACCAGAAGUCAUACACACAGUGGGACCUGCAGCCUGACACUGAAUAUGAGAUACGUCUGUUCAAGGAGAGUGAACUUUUGCAUAAGAUGGCUGUGAGAACCAAUGGCACCAGCCUCGUGCCACUCACACCAACUGGCUUUGCCACCAAGGGCUGGUUCAUCGGCUUCGUGUGUGCCAUCAUUCUCCUGCUUCUCAUCUUGCUCAUCCUCUGCUUCAUCAAGCGCAGCAAAGGCGGCAAGUACUCAGUGAAGGACAAAGAAGACACGCAGGUGGACUCGGAGGCCCGGCCCAUGAAGGAUGAGACAUUUGGGGAGUACAGUGACAAUGAGGAGAAAGGCUUCGGCAGCAGCCAGCCAUCCCUCAAUGGUGACAUCAAGCCGCUGGGCAGCGAUGACAGCCUGGCUGACUACGGCGGCAGUGUGGAUGUGCAGUUCAAUGAGGAUGGUUCAUUCAUUGGCCAAUAUAGUGGCAAGAAGGAGAAGGAGGCAGCAGGGGGCCAUGACAGCUCUGGGGCUGCCUCUCCUGUUAAUCCUGCUGGGGCGCUGGAGUAGCAGACCCCCUGAGGUGGGUCAGGGGGAUGUGGCCCAGCCUCUCUGAUCCUGAUGCCUCUGUACCCACUCCCACUCUGGCUCCCUCCUGUCCCUGUCUGCCCCCAGCCUCGGCCUGCCCUCUGCCCCCAUCAUGGGAGCAGAACUCAGUGCCUCGGACCCUUGCUGACUCUACGGCCCCACUUGAUUGCCAAAACCCAGCUGCACCCCUUCUUGGGCGCACCGCUUUGCUCCAGCUCGGGGGUCACCCACUCAUCAGGUGCUGCCUUCCCAGGGGCAGGGGUGUCCGAGGCCCAGCCUGCUGGGACAGACUCAGUGUCCAUACCAUCUUUCUCCUCUGCUCUACCUGGGAUGACGCUGGGCAGGCGGGCACGGGCACCCUGCUCCAUGCUCCCACUGCCCACCUGCCCUUGGCUGGCUUUCAGGAGCUCUGUCCACAUGCUGCCUUCAGUACCCACCAGACAACAUCCAAGUGGCCUCCAUGUUGCCCCGACCCCUUCCAGCCACCACCGCCUGCCCCCUUGGCCUUUUGCCCCUGGAAUGUAAAUACACGUGACCUUGACCGUUCAGUGUCUCCCCAUAUGCCACUAGUGUGUAGGCACUUGUCUCAGUCUCGCGGUGCUUUCUAGGUUUGAUAGCGAUUAGCUGUGAUGCUCUGUUCCGGGACCAGCACAGCCGGGCCACAUGCUUGGCUUUGCCUGCUGGGCUUGAGCCCUUGACAAAAGACAAAAGAAUCUAUAUAUAUGUACAGAAAUAGCAGAAUUUAACAGCGAAUAAAAACCUGGAAACGAGA